AACAAAAAUCACCCAGCAUCAUCAACCUUAGCCCGGAUACCUCUGAACGUGGCUCCGCCCAUGCUUCCUAGUCGAGCCAGCAAUAGUAAUCGUAAAUCUCUUCAGCCAUUUCGUCCUUACAAUAUUGCACAUAGAGGAGGUUCAAAUGGGGAGAUUCCUGAAGAAACUGCUGAAGCUUAUUUGAAGUCUAGGAACCAAAGAAGACAAGGAAAAGUGAGAAAAAAAUAUCACACUCCUCUUUUCGGUCCGCCAUAUACGAAUACAGAACCAAGUGAUCGUGAUCUCCCCUGGUUCGAAUCCGACGAGUGAAGGACUGAGAAGAAGAAGAAGAAGGGAAUAUUCUCAGAAAUGGCGGCGAAGCAGAUGGAGGAGGUUCAGAAGAAGCUAGCUAUGUUGAAUUAUCCAAGAGCCAACUCCCCUUCUCAGUCUCUCCUUUUUGCCGGCAUGGAAAGAUACUCACUCCUCGAAUGGCUCUUCUUUAAAUUGUUGGGCGAUAAAUCACCUUUUUCUCAGCAGAAUUUACAUGGCGAGGGCAUGGAUCGAGAUGAAGAGACUUCUCGUAUUCAGUAUUUGGCUGAGAUCGCCAAGUUUCUUGGUUUCACCACUACCGUUGACCUAGAAGCUAUACAAGGACGUGGAAGUUAUGAAGAUCGCACUGAAAUGCUUCGGCUUAUCGUAGAUCUGGUUGAAGCUAGCAUCUAUGCUGACAAUUCAGAGUGGAGUGUUGAUGAGCAGGUUGCCAAGGAUAUACAACUAGUUGAUUCCAUUGCUGAAAGACAGGCUCAAAUCUUCUCAGAAGAGUGCAAGUUGUUUCCGGCAGAUGUGCAAAUCCAGUCCAUAUAUCCCUUGCCAGACAUAUCGGAUUUGGAAAAGCAGCUUGCCGAGCGUUCAAAUAAGCUCUUGAAUAUUCAGGAGAUGGUUAAUGAUUUGGCAUCCAAGCAUGCUUAUAACCCAGAUGAGGAUUACAGAGAGGCAGAAGCAAAAUUGCGGGAGUAUUUGGAAUCUUUUCUAGAAACUGCAAGAACGUUCAAUACAAUCUAUACCAAGGAAAUUCGUCCAUGGACACACAUGAUGGAGGUACCUCAGCUUCAUGGUUUUGGACCUGCUGCUAAUCGAUUGUUGGAGGCAUACAAAAUGCUUUUGAAGUUCUUGGGGAACUUGAGGAACCUUCGUGAUUCGUAUGCAGCAGUAGCUGCCGGUUCAUCGGAAACAGUCUGUGGCCAGCCUUCUUCAGUUACAAGGAUAAUUACAGAGUGUGAGUCGGCUUUAACUUUCUUGAACCGUGAUCUUGGAAUUCUAUCAGCUUCCAUUGCCCGAGAGCAAGGCCACGAUUUGAGUGUGUGAAACAACAAAACACUAUGCAUUCAAUCUAGAUAUGUAGUUAUUUUUAUGUUGAACAAUUUUUAUUUU